UCUAGAUUCACCGAAAGGUUUCCAAGUUUGUUCCGCAAGGUUUCAUCCAAGUUCACUACUCUCACUCAGUUCUCUGAUUGAAGCUCUACCAGCUAUAUCUAAUCUCAACCCAACCAGCUACAUCUCAUCUCACCUCAACCAGCUACAUCGCUCAACUCAACCAACUCACCACUCACCACUCACUCACCACUCGAUCUACUGUGUCCUGAUGGCGGCUCGGCGACAGCCUGCUAUGCCACCACCACUGUGUCUGCCCCGGCAGCAGUUGACAUACGACCGCCACAACAACCCAAUUCUCACCAAGAAGAUGGUAGUGGCUGUCCUGCAAUGUUCUAAGCGCCGGCAGAUUAAUGCUAAACUGUACUGUCUGCAGUGUUAUAUGAAUGCGGCAGGACGAGUUAACAUGGUGUUCUCUUGGAAGGGGGAGGAUGUCCCAGUUUGGGAUUAUAAGGAUCACUGCGCCCGUGAGGCGACCCGGUACAUGAAGCACGUUCAAGACGACCAUCGCCCACUCCAUCCCAAUCCACUGAAUGUGAGGUUCCUCGCCUGGCAACUGCGGGACUUAGGUUUCUGUCGGUGGAAUAGAAAUAGGGUAUUCCCUCCAGCUCCCAUCAUUCCACCUGCCCCAGUUCGGCAUGCUAGAAGAGGCCCCAUUGGUCCUCAGGGUCCAAUAGGUCCAAUAGGUCCAAUAGGUCCAAUAGGUCCAAUAGGGCCAAUAGCUAUAGGGCCAAUCGGUCCACAGGGCCAUCAAGGUGCCCAAGGAGACCAAGGCCCACAAGGAGAGCAAGGCGAGCAAGGAGCACAAGGUCCACCUGGUGCCCAAGGCUCACAGGGGCCCCAAGGCCCACCAGGAGGAGGAGGAGCCCCACCUGGAGGAGGAGGAGGCCCACCAGGAGGAGGCGGAGGCCCACCAGGAGGAGGAGGAGGCGGAGGAGGCCUAAGUCUUCUACGGGGCCCACAAGGCCCACAGGGUAAUGAUGGUGAGCAAGGUAUGCAGGGCCCACCAGGCAUCAAUGGUGAUCGCGGUCCUAGAGGCGCUCCAGGAUUACCUGGAGCGGUGGGACGAACAGCACCCAGUAUUGUAGGACCACGUGGAAACCGUGGUCCACAAGGACACAAUGGAGCAAGAGGUCUCCAAGGUCCACCGGGACAGCAAGGUCUCCAAGGUCUCCGAGGACCACCUGGCCAAGAUGGACCGUAUGGACCAACUGGAGCUACGGGACAAAAAGGCGACAGGGGGAAGCUCGGUGCCAAAGGUGAGAGAGGUCUAGAUGGUCCGAGAGGGAUGAGAGGAGAGAAAGGAGAAGAUGGAGAUGGCGAAGAUUCCAAGCAAAAGAUAUAUCUGUUGACUGUGGUGGUGAGGGAGUUAAUGAAGACUCAACCGCUGCCUUUGUCAGUUACCCUGACUAAUGCCUUGGUCGCUCUAGGAGUUAUGGACGACCAGGGAGAUAGGCAGCAAAAACAAACUGCCCCUCUCCGUCGAUCCGUGGUGUCGGGAUCCUACCCACCUCGGUCGGCAGGUGGGGGUACAAGUCGAGAUGGAUGUGGUGUUAGUGGGGGAGGUGGGACGAGUGGGAGUGGUGGUGGUAGCGGGGGCGGUGGGACUAGUGGUGGUGGGAGUGGUGGUGGUGGGACUGGGACUAGGGGUGGUGGGACUAGUGGUGGGGUGGUGGUGGGACUAGUGGUGGUGUGA